AUGCUCCACAAUUCUAGAAGGGACUGUGGUCUGAUGAAUGUGAAUGAUGUGAUUUAUCAAGACAUCAUCAUCAAUGCCUCAGGUGGUUCUGGUAUUGGUUCAAGCGUGGCAAGUUCCCUGACUUCUCAAUCAGGAAGAAGUGGCACCGAUCCUUCAAUGCACUCCAACUCCUACCAUCGUCGCAACUCUCGUCCAAUCCAUCAUUCCACAGGAGUACCCGUGGGUCUUUUGAGGGCCUCAAAAUCUCCCGAUGUUAAUUCGCUUCGUCGAAGUCGUUCCCGCAGUUCUAGUUUCUGUGCUUCGCUUGCAGGGACAACUAUUUCUCCAAGCGAUCAUGGGAACGUAGAUGUGUUGAUGAACCCUCCUAAUCCUCAAUGUGUACCGAAUUUUGAGCAGUUCAACCACUGGGCACCCCAACGCGCUGGCAUGAUACAAGACAUCAGUAAGUUGCACUGUCUGCUUCUCUUCACCAUUUGA